UUGGGACUCGGAGGCGAAGAAUUUGCUGACGUUCCGAAUAGGAUCCGUCCAACUUCCUACGCUCUGCAAGUAAAGCCAAACAAAGCGGGAGGUCGGGCGGGGUUACCAAAAGUCCCCAGCUAGAGCCGAACUGGAACCCCACACCUGCUUCUCUAGAGUAGCCGCCGGGAACCGGACCGCUUUUACGUAGCCGAGGAAAGAGGGAGGGGAAAGCCACGUAUCCUCGACACUUGGGAGCGUAGGGCAGGCUUAUAAGAAGUGCCGCUCCCGCUCUUUCCAUAGGGGCUCAUGGAAAGGGAGAAUCAAAGCGAGCGCGGGAUUCGAUUGCUGUUGCGAUUUCAACGGACUCACAGCGCGGACUCAAGGCGAGGUGGUGCGGGCGCUUCGGCAGUCUGAACAGAUAAUGGGGCUUCAGUCCGAAAACAGCAAAGCUUCGGCAACCGAGGAUAAGCCUCCGAGGCUCAACACUUGCCCGGGCAAGGUCUUCUGUAACAUUAAGGUGUUUGUGUUCUGCCAUGGCCUGAUGCAGCUGUCUCAACUCCUCUACAGUGCUUACUUUAAGAGUAGCUUGACUACCAUCGAGAAGCGCUUUGGCCUCUCCAGUUUGUCCUCUGGCUUUAUCUCCAGUUUACAUGAGAUUGGCAAUGUCAUCCUCAUCAUCUUUGUGAGCUACUUUGGUAGUCGAGUUCAUCGACCUCGGAUCAUUGGCCUGGGAGGUCUGCUGUUGGCACUAGGGGCCUUCCUUUUGACUCUUCCGCAUUUCCUUUCUGGUCGAUACGAAUAUUCUUCAGCACAAAUCAAUAACCAAAGCAGCCAGUCCAGAUUAGAGCUCUGCCAAGGAGGAUUUAAGUGUUUGAAUGCCACUGUGAACAUCCAGGCAGAGGCCACUAUCAUGUGGGGAUUAAUGAUACUUGCCCAACUCUUGGCUGGAAUUGGAACAGUCCCUAUCCAGCCUUUUGGAAUUUCCUAUGUGGAUGACUUCGCUGAGCCAAACAAUUCUGCUUUGUACAUAGCAAUCUUAUUUUCCAUCUCAGUGUUUGGUCCAGCUUUUGGCUACCUACUUGGCUCUGCAGCAUUGAAGAUUUUUGUGGAUUUUGGACGGGUUAGCCAGAAGGAUGUAAAUCUGACCCCAAGUGACCCACGUUGGAUUGGAGCAUGGUGGUUGGGUCUUCUCGUUGCUGCUGGUUGUUUGCUACUCUGUUCCAUUCCCUAUUUCUUCUUCCCUCGAUAUAUGCUGAAAGGGAAGAAAGCAUCUGAAGCAGAUAUCUUGAAGAAGAUUGAAAAAACAAAGGCAGAGGAAGAGUCCCUGAUGGUUUUUAUCAAAAAGUUCCCACAAGGCUUCUUAAGACUGCUCCUCAAUCCACUCUUCAUUUUGCUGGUCUUGACACAAUGCAGCUUCUCCUCUAUUCUUGCUGGGCUCGCUACCUUCCUCAACAAGUACUUGGAAAAACAAUUUGGUGUUACCUCCUCUUAUGCUAACUUCCUCAUUGGAUCUGUGAAUUUACCUUCAGCUGCACUAGGGAUGCUCUUUGGAGGGUUCAUCAUGAAACGUUUUGCUUUCUCACUCAAAACCAUCCCACGUUUCACCAUUGUGGUGUUACUUUUCUCCACCCUUUGUUAUCUUCCACUCUUUUUUAUGGGCUGCUCUUCACAGACCGUGGCUGGAAUUCAUCUGUCCAGUACAUCAAGUUCCCCAGAACAAGAUCCAUGUAACCUUCGUUGCUCCUGCUCAAAGUAUCUCUUCCAUCCAGUCUGCGGAGACAAUGGUGUGGAGUACCUCUCUCCCUGUCAUGCUGGCUGUACUGGUUUCUUCUCCAAUUCUUCAACAUCUGGAAUUAUCUACACAAAUUGCUCCUGUAUCUCCACCAAGAAUGGACAAUCUUCCGCAAAGACUGGAUCUUGCUCUGUUAGCUGUGCCCAUCUCUUGUUGCCUGUUAUAUUCAUCAUCUCAUUUUCUGCAUUGAUUGCCUGUCUAUCUCACAACCCUCUCUACAUGAUGGUGUUACGAGUGGUGUCCCAUGAUGAAAAGUCUUUUGCUAUUGGAGUCCAGUUCCUGUUGAUGAGAUUACUAGCCUGGCUGCCAGCUCCUACCCUCUUUGGCAUCCUGAUUGACUCUUCCUGCAUAUGGUGGAAGAAAGUCUGCAACCGUAAGAGUGGAGCCUGCCAUUAUUAUAACAAUAGCUUCUUCCGCAGCAGGUACUUAGGCCUCCAAGUUAGCUACAAAAUUAUUGGCAUUCUGCUAUUAUCUUUCCUCAGCUGGAAGCUGACCAGGAACAAGCAAUACAAUAUGCAAGAUAAAGCUGUUCACCCAGAAUAGCUCUACACUACAACAAGACCUGCUUCAAGCAUCAUUUUGUAUGAUGAUUAAAUUUACUUAUUAACUUGGCCUUUGUGCCUUUUAUUUUAUUUUUAUUUUUUUACAAUACAGGCACCAUUUUAUAUUCGCAGCUGAACUUGAACAGUUUCUGCUGCAUGUAGUCCAGCUAAAAGAAUAUAUUUGUAUUGGGGAACAGAGAUCACACAGCCAACUCAUCUCAUUGAGAGGCAUUGAAAUGAACACCUACAGCCAGCAAAAGAGAACCUCCCCCCUUGGCUACAGUGGUAGAGGCAUCUUCAAGACUGGGCCAGAGAUGUACAGAUGUUUGGAAGACAACGGGUUCUCUUGCUUUUAUGUCAAAACAAUGGAGAUGGCAAGUGAAAACUGUUACACUGAAAAGAAUCGUAUGAGUCACUUAAAAGUUGCUAGCAGGAGGAAACCAUCCAAUUUGGCUAUGGGGUCUUAGACUGUUCUACUCAAUCAACUUUGACGCAUUAUCCAGGCUUGCCAAAGGGACGGGACCAAGGGAGAAGCAAUCUCAACUUGUCUGCCCUCUCUCAUGCCUUUGCUUCUUCCUUUACUUCCUUCACUAUACAGGCCAGAAUGGAUAAAAAUCCCAGUCGAUGUAUAAAGUUGGUUGUUAUGACAUGUACACUUUUAAAUAAAAAAAACUUUUUUCUAGUUCGUUCUUACUGUUUUUUUACUGGCAGAUUUUGAAGAAGCCACUUUUUCCAAUAUUUUCCCUGCCUUUGAGCCUUCUGGUUGCUAGAGGCAUAUAUGUGUUUGACUUUGGAAUUUUUUGACAUGGUACUAAUCCAAAUUUUAAUUCUAUGAAUAUUUUUAGUCAAGGGACAGCUUUCAAUUACAGUAAUGAAAAUCUAUGCUAUUUCAUCAAGAAAUACAUUUCUCAUGUUACUUUCUCUUUAACUUAAAACUUGUUAUUUUGGUCUUUCCCUCACUUCCCAAAACUGAAGAGUACUUGGGGAGACAAAAAGAUAAAGUAACAGUAACAGUGUUGGAAGGGAGCUUGGAGGUCAUCUAAUCCAACCCGCUGCUCACGCAUGAGACCUGUACUAGGGAUUCGAACUGCCGAACUGCUGACCUUUCUGAUCGACAAGCUCAGUGUCUUAGCCACUGAGCCAAGUCUGUUAAGUUUCUUAAAUCUAAAACCACUAAUAUGCUGUUUAGUUUAUGCGGCAUUAUAUUUGCUUGAGAUUUGACUCACUUAUCACAGUGAGUGUUCUAUUCUCUAUUCUGCUUGAGGACACUAAAGAGCAAGAUGCAAAUAAACGACUGGAUUAAUAAACUGAUUAGGAAGCAUGCCUUAAAGAGAGCGGUGCACAAUUGGGGAACAACUGCACAUGUUUACAAAACUAUAAAGUUUGAGGAAAGUGUAGGUCAUUUUCCAGCUCCAUAAAUAUGGUGGUUCCUUCAAACCUUUGUUUGUUUUUUAAUAUCUGCAUUAAAAAAAAACUUACCACAAAGAAAUGUUGUACCACCACCUAGUGGCACAUUGAUUUAUGACAGUUAUAUUUUGUUAUGCUUAACAUUCAGAGUUGUUUUCUUAUACUGCGUGCCAAAACUGAGCAAUAGAGCAAUUUAAAGUACAGCUUGUUUUUUUGCUGAUUUUUGGUUUUAUGAACAAUAAGAAAAUGAAAUACAUAUUGUAAACAGAGCCAGUGAGAGAAAACCACAUGAGUCAUUUUAACUUGCAAGGCAUAAGAAGAUGUAAUUUUAAGCGUUGGGUUGGCAAUGGGAGUUUAAACAUUAUUCACUGUUCAGUUGACCCAAACAACGCCCCCACCCCACCUCAUUUCUAGUUUCUACUAAGUUUAACAUUUAUUUGGGAACCCUAUGAUGGCAAAAUAAAAUAGUACAAUUUGGAUAGGAAAAUGGUUUGGAGAGCUAUAUGUGUUUUUAUGUCCAAGUGUACAGUACCAUUCCUUCUGCUGCUAUUGUAAACACACACAUGUACAACAUACACUUUUGAUAUACAUAAUAAAUUUGUUUUCAAAGCAAA